AUGCCUGACCAUCAAACAAUGAUGCAACCGCAGCAACAGCAGAUGCAGCAGAUGCAGCAGCAGCAGCAGCAGCAGCAGCAGCAGCAGCAGCAGCAGCAGCAGCAGCAGCAGCAGCAGCAGCAGCAGCAACAGGCUCAGCAGCAGCAGCCGCAGCAGCAGCCGCAGCAGCAACAGCCGCAGCAGCCGCCGCAGCAAGAGCAGCAGCAGCAGCCGCAGCCGCAGCCGCAGCAACAGCAGCAGCCGCAGCAACAACAGCAGCAACAGCAACAGCAGCAGCCGCAGCAACAACAGCCGCAACAGCCGCAGCAGCCGCCGCAGCAAGAGCAGCAACAGCCGCAGCAGCAGCAGCAGCAGCAGCAGCAGCAGCAGCAGCAGCAGCAGCAGCAGGGAUCUCAGGCUUCCUCAUCCGUUCCUGUAAUGAACGGUGUGGCAGUGAUGCCGCAGCUGCAGCAGGGCAUGGGGCAGCAAGGCAUGGCUCAACAGGGCACGGCACAGCAGGGCAUGGGGCAGCAGGGUAUGGCGCAGCAGGGUAUGGCGCAGGGUAUGGCGCAGCAGGGUAUGGCGCAGCAGGGUAUGGCGCAGCAGGGUAUGGCGCAGCAGGGUUUGGCGCAGCAGGGUAUGGCGCAGCAGGGUAUGGCGCAGCAGGGUUUGGCGCAGCAAGGCAUGGCGCAGCAAGGCAUGGUUCAGCAGGGCAUGGCGCAGGCACAGGGCAUGGGUCCGCCGCAGAUGGUGGCUCAGCUGCAGGCUAUGGUGCAGGGACAGGGCACAGGGCAGCAGGGGAUGCCCCACCCUCAGAUGCAUCACGGAAUGAUGCAACAGGGCAUCGCGCAACAGGGAAUGGCGCAACAGGGUAUGGCGCAACAGGGUAUGGCGCAACAGGGUAUGGCGCAACAGGGUAUGGCGCAGCAUGGGAUGGCGCAACAAGGCAUGCCGCAACAAGGCAUGUUGCAACAAGGGAUGGGGUUUGCGCAACAAGGCAUGGCGCAACAGCAAGGCAUGGUGCAACAAGGGAUGAUGCAGCAAGGCAUGCCGCAACAAGGGAUGACGCAGCAGGGGAUGGUGCAACAGCAAGGCAUGGCGCUACAGGGGAUGAUACAGCAAGGCAUGGCGCAACAAGGCAUGGCGCAACAGGGGAUGGCGCAACAGGGGAUGGCGCAACAGGGGAUGGCGCAACAGGGGAUGGCGCAACAAGGGAUGGCGCAACAGGGGAUGGCGCAACAAGGGAUGACGCAACAGGGGAUGGCGCAACAGGGGAUGGCGCAACAGGGGAUGGCGCCACAAGGGAUGUCGCAACAGGGGUUGGCGCAACAAGGCAUGCCGCAGCAAGGCAUGGCGCAACAGCAAGCUCCACAGCAGCCGAUGUUUGGCUUCCAAGGGGGGCCAUCCGCCUUCCUGCCUCACAACGGACAAGCCUACCAGCAACAGAUGCAACAAGUGCAGCCGAUGCAGCAGGUGCCCUCUUUCCAGCAAGGCCAUCAGAUGCAAGAAGGCCCGACGGAGUGGCAGGAGCAUCCGCUCCCUCCUUCCCUCUCGCUCACUCUUUCCCUCUCGCUCACUCUUUCCCUUCUGUAUUCCUGCUUUCCUAUCCCUCUUGCAGGCGACUUCGGGUCGUUGGCGCCCUUCACAGUGACGCAGUGGCAGGAGCUGGAGCAGCAAGCACUUGUAUUCAAGUACCUCGUGGCAGGCUGCGACUUCGGGUCGUUGGCGCCCUUCACAGUGACGCAGUGGCAGGAGCUGGAGCAGCAAGCACUUGUAUUCAAGUACCUCGUGGCAGGCUGCGACUUCGGGUCGUGGGCGCCCUUCACAGUGACGCAGUGGCAGGAGCUGGAGCAGCAGGCGCUAGUAUUCAAGUACCUCGUGGCAGGCUGCGACUUCGGGUCGUGGGCGCCCUUCACAGUGACGCAGUGGCAGGAGCUGGAGCAGCAGGCGCUAGUCUUCAAGUACCUUGUUGCAGGCGCGCCCGUUCCCCCCCACCUCGUUGCCGCGCUCAGAGCCUCCUGCGCGCGCCUACCCCCCUUGGCCGCACUGCAGCAGCCCCCUGCUGCCCCCGGCCAACGUGAGUCCCUCUCUCUCCUGUGCAUGUCCAUCCUAUGCAUAUGCUCGUUCCUUUGCUUGUUGCUCCACUCUCACUCGUAUCAACACCGACCGUACCUUUUCCUCCUCUGCCUCAUCCUUCCCCUCUCUUGCCACCCCUCACUUCCCUUUCCUCUCGCCUCUCGCCUCUCUCCUCUCUCCCCGUCCCACCCUUGUCGCCUCUCCCAUCAAGCAGCGGGGUGGGGGCAGGUUACACAGCAGGUGGAGCUGGAGCCGUUUAGAUGCAGACGAACGGACGGCAAGAAAUGGCGGUGCUCCCGAGAGGUGGUACCGGAUCAGAAGUACUGUGAGCGCCACAUGCAUCGCGGGCGCAACCGCUCCCGCAAGACUCACGACCGCGCUGCUCCAGGCACCUCCCUCGUUGAUGCAAAUGAUGCUGACGACGGCCCUCCUGCUGCCGCUGGCGCUGCUGCCAGCGCUGGCGCUGGCGGUGCUGGUGGCGCCGGUGCUGGUGGUGGCGGUGGCGGUGAUACCACUGGUGGCGAUGCAAGCACACCAAGGGCAGCAGGGGGUGCAACAGCGGGGGGUGCAGGAGGGGUGGGGGGAGGUGUAGGAACAGGAGGUGCGGGAGUGAAAGCAGGUGAUAUGACCCCAUCUAGCCUCAACACCACGGAUUUCACCACUUCCCAGAGAAAUACUCCUUUUCCCGGCAGUGCCACUUACCCUCCCAGUGCCACUUACCCUGCCACUGCUGCUUACCCCGGCAGUGCCACUUACCCUGGCACUGCCACCCACCCUGCUGUUGCCAUGUUCCGCCCAUCUGCUGAAGGAGCAGCUGUGCCAGCAGUGCUGCACGGGAACGCCCCGCCUCCCCUCACUCUCCCCCCUCCCGUGCAUGCAGUCGCGGUCUCCCGGUCAACACCCUGCAGCACCACACCACCCGCCCUUCCAGAUGCAACAGUCGCAGCAGCAGCAGCAGCAGCAGCAGCAGCAGCAGCAGCAGCAGCAGCAGCAGCAGCAGCAGCAGCAGCAGCAGCAGCAGCAGCAGCAGCAGCAGCAGCAGCAGCAGCAGCAGCAGCAGCAGCAGCAGCAGCAGCAGCAGCAGCAGCAGCAGGAACAGCGGCCUCGCCUCUCCUGCAAGUGUCGAGGCUCGGAGCCUCCCCCUACCAGCAACAGGGUGUAAGGGCAGCAGUAUCGCCUUUCCAGCAGCAGGGAGCAAGGUUCCAGCAGGCGGUUUCCUCCGAUCAAAGACCCACCUCUCCUGCCCUGCAUGCGCUGUCACAAGGGCCCUCCCAGUCCUUUCGGCCGGUCAAGCCAGCAGCAUCGCCCGCGCUACAGCCGUUGGUGCGUUCAACCAUGGAGACGGCUCAAAACUCGCCUGUGCUACAACCGGCUGUCACUUCGAUGCGGCAAUCUCAAGGUGCCGCUUCCACUGGUGGGGGCGGGGAUGGUGCUGGUGCUGGUGCUGUGAAUGGGACUGGGAACAGAGGCGGCAGUGGUGCUGCGAGCUGUGGUAACGCCCAUAGCAGCACGUAUGGAGCUGCUGUGAGCGCGAGUGUUGGGAGAGCAGAGGGCAGGGACGGCAUUUUUGCACCUGUGAUCGAUGCGGCUUUGUGUUUGGUUUGCUUGUCGUUCCCCUCUCUUCCCAUGCAGUGUGUGCUGCAACCGGCGUUCAGCCAGGCAGAGAGUGGCGGGGGUGACAGCACUCCUGUCACUAGGCCUUCCCCUGGUCCUCUGGUGAUGCAGUCCCAUAGACUGUUGUCGCCGGUGCAAGUGGGUGCACCACAGGCCACACACACACACACGAGAUAA